CGGCAGCCCGCCCUGCGCCCCACCACCCCGCACACCAUCACCCUGCAGCCCUCCUCCUUCCGCAACCUGCGCCUGCCCAAGCGCCUCAGGGUCAUCUACUUCUUCGCACGCACCCGCCUGGCACAGAGGCUCAUCAUGGCUGGGACGGUGAUCUGGAUCGGAAUCCUGGUCUACACGGAUCCUGCUGGUCUCCGCACCUACCUCACGUCACAGGUCACUGAGCAAAGCCCCUUGGGUGAGGCAGGUCUGCCCCCCAUGCCUGUCCCUGGAGGGGUCCUGCCUGCUGGGGACCCCAAGAUCGACCUCUCCGUGUUCCCGUCGGAGCCGAUCCAGCUGUCCGAGAACCAGACGCAGCAGCGGGAGCAGAAGUCGGGGCUGGAGGCCCUGAGCAGGCUGGAGCCAAACCAGCACAGCUGGGCCCAGGGACCAGAGGGCAGAGGGAAUGGGCAGGUGGAGCUUGGCACAGAGGCAGAGGUCACCUGGGGAGCAGAGGAUGAGGAGAUCUGGAGGAAGCUUUCCUUCAGGCACUGGCCGUCCCUCUUCAGCUACUACAACAUCACCCUGGCCAAGAGGUACAUCAGCAUCCUGCCAGCCAUCCCUGUCACGCUGUACCUGAACCCACAAGAGGCCUUAGAGGUGCGACAUCCCCAGGAGGCCACGCGAUACCACCCCUUCCUGGCCACGGGCACGGGGAAGCUGGAGGCUGGGGCUCAGCCUGACCACUCGGCCAAGCUUCACGGCCACCAGGAUGUCACCCUCUACAAGGUGGCUGCUCUGGGUCUGGCCUCAGGCAUCAUCCUGGUGCUGCUGCUCUUCUGCCUGUACCGAGUGUUCUGCCCCAAGAACUAUGGGCAGAACGGGCACAGCCGCAGGAGGAGGGGAGACCUGCCCUGUGAUGACUAUGGCUACUCCCCCCCUGAGACUGAGAUCGUCCCCCUGGUCCUCAGGGGUCACCUCAUGGACAUCGAGUGCCUGGCCAGUGAUGGGAUGCUGCUGGUUAGCUGCUGCCUGGUGGGGCAGAUUCGCGUGUGGGACGCACAGACAGGUGACUGCCUCACCGUCAUCCCCAAACCCAGGUUGCGCAGGGACAGCAGUGGCAUCUUCGAUUACCAGGAGGGUUGGGACCCCAGUCCAGAAGGGAAGAAUGGGUUGGAGGACUCCUUUGAGAGCAGCCACCAGCUCAAACGGCUGCUGGGGCCCCCCCAGCCCCCCCUGUUCUGCGACCAGCCUGACCUCACCUCCCUCAUCGACACCAACUUCUCGGAGCAGGUGAAGGUGGCUGAGUCGGAGCCGCGGCUCCGGGCCGUGGGCAGCCGCCACAGGGACACAGGCUAUGACUUCAGCAGCCUGGUGGGGAAGGUGUACGAGGAGCACAGCAGCUCCAGCUGCAGGAAUGUGAACUUCCCAGGGCUCUCAGCCCACCACGGCCCCCCUGGACUCUGUGGGGGCAGUGGCCGUGCCAUGGCCUGUGGCCAUGAUGACAGCAGCUGCCGCAGCCUUGGGGACAGGGGCCUGGGGGACAGGAGCUUUGGGGACGAGUCCUGCACAGGAUGUGACAAGUCCUCAUCCCUUCCCUCCUGGGGAGGGGACCUGGAGAGCUCUGUCUGGAGCCUGGACCUGCAGGGGAACCUGAUCGUGGCUGGACGGAGUAAUGGGAAGCUUGAGGUGUGGGAUGCCAUCGAGGGGACCCUCCGCAGCAGCAAUGAUGAAGGUCAAUCUGGUAUCACAGCACUCGUCUUCCUCAACAACAGGAUUGUGGCUGCCCGGUUGAACGGCUCUUUGGAUUUCUUCUCACUGGAGACACACACAUCCCUAAACCACCUGCAGUUCCGAGGUGCCCCGAGCCGGAGCAGCAUGCCAUCCUCGCCGGUGCUCAGCAGCAGUGACGUGGUGCUGUGCCAGCUCACCCACACCGUGUCCUGUGCCCACCACAAGCCCAUCACGGCGCUGAAGGCGGCAGCUGGGCGGCUGGUCACGGGCAGCCAGGACCACACGCUCAGGGUGUUCCGGCUGGAGGACUCGUGCUGCCUGUUCACACUGCAGGGCCACUCGGGAGCCAUCACAGCCGUGUACAUCGACCAG